CUGCGCCCUUUCUCUUGCGACGACUCCUCGGAUUCAGGUCGUUCAGCUCGAACAGGACUGGGGCGGCUUCCGUAGCAGAGCGAACAGUUGGAGUGACGCAGGAGCGCCGAACGGGCAGAUCGCUUCUACAGUCAAGAUGGCGACAUCGGAGCCGAAAACAACUGAAACUGAAGAUCAACAGACUGACGGUCAGGUUGUUGCGAAUCCUGAGCAGUAUAUCAAACACCCUUUGCAAAACAGAUGGGCCCUGUGGUAUUUCAAAAACGACAAGAGCAAAAGCUGGACAGAGAACUUGCGUCUCAUUUCCAAGUUUGACACAGUGGAAGAUUUUUGGGCAUUAUACAACCACAUACAGCAGCCAAGUAAACUCGGCUUUGGCUGCGAUUACUGCUUAUUUAAGGAUGGGAUCAAGCCGAUGUGGGAGGACGACAGGAACAAGCUGGGGGGUCGAUGGCUGAUGACUCUCAACAAACAACAGAGGCACAACGACCUUGAUCGCUACUGGAUGGAAACGCUGUUGUGUUUAGUCGGUGAGUCAUUCGACGAGGCAAGUGAAGACGUCUGCGGAGCUGUGGUCAACGUCAGACCUAAAGGUGACAAAAUAUCCAUCUGGACAAGCAACUGCCAAAACAGGGACGCCAUCAUGACGAUAGGGCAACUUUACAAAGAGCGGCUCAACCUCCCCAUGAAAGCCAUGAUUGGCUACCAGUCGCACGACGACACGUCCAGUAAGAGCGGCUCCACCACCAAGAACAUGUACUCCGUUUGAAAAAGCUCCUCAUUUCAAUUUGCUGUAGAUUUAAACAAUUACCGAUCUGCAUCACCACAUUAAUUUUUGAGUUGUCAACUACUGUAGUGUCCUUUCCUUUUAUUGCUAAGAGAGUUGUUCAUAGCGUGUACAGCUGGAGCUUCUCCCAAUAUAAGAUGUCAGCAGAGCGGUUGUUUAAAGAAAAAGAAAAAAAAAAAACAGGGAGGAAGGGUAUCCGGCUUGAGAUGUUGUAAGAUGAGUAAGAGAACACACGAUGAUUUAAUUUUAGAGUUGAAGACUUCUGUGAUUAAUAUCAGUGACCUCUCCUAGCUUAGCUGAGAACAAGCUUUUUUUUCCCCAAUACUUAAUGGCUUGAGUUGUUUAAUUAAAAAAGACAGACUUAACUAUAGGGCCUUGUGUUUCUCUCAUGCCGAGUUCUCACUCUUUACAAAAAGUGUUUCUCACCUCACAGGAAAAAGAAGGCAGGCAACUCGUCCUCACACAGAACAAAUUUUAAGGACAAUUUUAACUUGAUUUAUCCACAAGUGUUGAGCAUGAGCCGGGCUUUCAGACGCACCA